AUGGGUGGAGAAGGGAUGUCUUCCGUCACCGAGCAGUUCUCGACAUUUCUGGCUGCGCCGUCGGCUAGGGUGCACCAAGGAUUGGAUCUUUCAUGGGCAAGCGGAGCACCGAGCAAGGCACCUGCCCCGGGUCUCAAUUCUUAUGCUUCUUCGCCCAAACCAUUUUCGCCAUCCGGCCCUGACUCUCGAAACAGUGCCUUUCCAAGCGAGUUUCUAUUCAGUCUAGAUGGGGGCUGGGUGUUCGGUGGAAACGGAUCCUUGGAGUACUUUAACAUGGACCUGCCAGUUCUCGAUCACUAA